GUUGAAAACAAAAUUAUGAAAUAAUAAUUAACUAAUGUUGUUGGUUGAUAUCAUGCAAGUUGAAAUCACUGGUAUUACAAGACACUGUAUAUGCACAUUUAUCUUAUAUCACAAUAUUAUUAUAUCGAGACAAUCUUCUUAAGAUAUUUCAGUAUUGAAUUAUCGAUGAUUAAUUAACUCAACUCAGUUGAGAGGGAUAUAUUACGAUCAUAGUCUCCAGUUUUAGUAUCAGUUUCUCAGUAAACUUAGUGCAUUGUGUAUUACAACUUCGUGGAUAUACAUACAGAAGCAAUCAUAUAUAGUGUUCUUAAAAUUUAAUUAUAGUGGAUUAUUUGUUUUACAAUAUAUAUAUCGCAUAUAUAUUUUAUAUGUACGUAUAUAUUGUGUAUGAUCGUUGCAAACUAUUAAACAAUUGAAGGAAAAGAUCAUUUUUAUGGAACAAUGAAGCGCAAUUUAAAUGGGACAGUGAACACUAUAUAUGACACGAAUUACAAAACAAAGAUACACAAUGGGAAUACAAUUAAUGAUGAAUUUAAACAGUUCACAGCGAAUACUCUUGUUUUUUAUGUUAAUGGAAAAGAGAUAUUAGAUGAUAAGGUGGAGCCUGAGUGGACUUUACUAUGGUACCUUCGUAAUAAAUUACAUUUAACUGGAACCAAAUUAGGAUGUGCCGAAGGUGGAUGUGGAACAUGCACUGUUAUGAUUUCAAAAUAUAAUUAUAGGACUAAAUCAAUUGUUCAUUUGGCAGUAAAUGCAUGUUUAUUUCCAAUAUGUGCUGCACAUGGUUUAGCAGUGACUACAGUAGAAGGAAUUGGUAGCAUCAAAACAAAAUUACAUGCUGUUCAGGAACGCAUAGCUAAAUCACAUGGUUCCCAAUGUGGUUUUUGUACACCUGGCAUUGUUAUGUCUAUGUAUACACUUUUGAGAAAUACACCAAAACCUACAAUGAAAGAUUUGGAAAUUGCAUUUCAAGGUAAUUUAUGCAGAUGUACAGGAUAUCGACCAAUUAUAGAAGGAUACAAAACCUUUACUGAAGAAUGGGAACAAAUGCAACUUGCUAAUAAUAUGCCCAAGGAGAAAGGAUGCGAAAGUGUUUGCGGCAUGGGAGAUGCUUGCUGCAAGAAAGCAUUUUCAUCCGAACCUACCGAGGUUUUUAAUUCUAAAGGAUUCAGUCCGUAUGAUCCUUCUCAGGAUUUAAUAUUUCCACCAAAGUUACAAAUAUCUUCUUAUCUUAAUGAGCAAUAUUUAGUAAUAAAAGGCAAAAAUGUAACUUGGUUCAGACCUGUAAAUUUAACGCAACUACUUUGCCUUAAAAACGAGUUUCCAUCCGCCAAAAUUGUAAUUGGAAAUACAGAAGUUGGUAUAGAAAUGAAAUUCAGACAUUUAAUAUAUCCAAUAAUUAUACAGCCAGUACAAGUAAAAGAACUGCAGGAAAUUGUAGAAACCAAGGAUGGAUUAAUAGUUGGUGCGAGCACGACUUUGAACGAAUUGCAAGAAGUUCUUAAUCAUUAUAUCAAAACAAAACCAGAAUUUCAAACAAGAAUUUUUACAGAGAUAAUAAAAAUGUUACACUUUUUUGGCGGUAAACAAAUUAGAAACGUAGCCGCCAUUGCUGGAAAUAUAAUAACCAGUAGUCCCGUAUCGGAUUUAGUUCCAUUAUUGGUAGCUGCUCGUGCGAAGGUAGUAUUGCAAAGUUUAAAAAAAGGAACCAGGACGGUAUUGCUCGAUCAAAACUUUUUUACCAGUUAUCGGCGUAAUAUUGUAGAACCCGAAGAAGUUCUUGUUUCAGUAAAAAUUCCUUUUUCUCAUAAGAAUCAAUAUUUUAUUGCUUACAAACAAUCAAGGAGACGAGACGAUGACAUAGCAAUAGUGAAUAUGGCUUUUAAUGUAUUCUUCAAGGAUCAAACACGAAUAAUAGAGGAUGCAUAUUUAUCCUUUGGUGGAAAAGCUCCAACCACUACUUUGGCUUCUCAAACACGUCAAAAAAUGAUUAAUAGAAAAUGGGAUGAGAAUUUAUUGGAAACCGUAUAUGAUUCAUUAAUUGAAGAAUGCAAUUUAACGGACAAUUCUCCUGGCGGUAUGAUUAUGUAUCGUCAUGCUCUAUCGUUAAGUCUAUUUCUCAAAGGAUACUUACAUAUAAGUAAAUGUUUAUCAAUGAAUUUGCCAAAUGUAGAACCACUGCCAAAAGAAAUAUUAAGUGCAACAGAGUGCUUCCAUUAUAAAACACCAAAAAGUUCGCAAUAUUUCCAAAUUGUACCUGAAAAUCAACCUCACACUGAUUUAAUUGGACGUACAAUCGUCCAUACCAGUGCUUAUAAACAAGCAACAGGUGAAGCAAUUUAUUGCGAUGAUAUGCCUGCAAUAAAUGGAGAAUUAUAUAUGAGUCUUGUAUUGUCGACAAGAUCACAUGCAAAAAUUUUGAAAAUUGAUCCGUCGAAAGCUCUUGAAAUGGAAGGAGUUAAAGCAUUUUACUCUGCUAAAGAUAUUCCUGAUGAUAGACGAUGGGUCGGUCCUAUUAUAUAUGAUGACGAAAUAUUUAAAUCUGAUAAGGUCACAAGUCAAGGACAAGUUAUAGGUGCAGUUGUUGCAGUUGAUAAAGAUACUGCACAAAAAGCUGCAAGAAAUGUUGUCGUGGAAUACGAAGAUAUAGAACCCUUAAUUGUAUCUAUAGAGGAGGCUAUUAAACAUAAUUCGUUUUUCACUGGCUUUACAAAACGUAUUAUUAGAGGAGACGCAAAUAAAGCAUUCGCAGAAACGGAUCAUAUAAUAGAGGGUGAAAUACAUACGGGUGGACAGGAACACUUUUAUUUGGAAACAAAUGCUGUUAUUGUUGUACCAAACGAAGAAGAUGAACUUGAAAUAUUUAGUGCAACUCAACAUCCUUCUGAAAUACAAAAGCUUACUGCUCAUGCCUUAAACAUACAUAGCAAUAGAAUUAGUGUCCGUGUCAAGCGAUUGGGAGGUGGUUUUGGAGGAAAAGAAUCUCGUCCUUAUAUGCUUGUUAUACCAGCUGCACUCGCUGCAUAUAAAUUGCGCAAACCUGUGCGUUGUGUGUUGGAUAGAGAUGAAGAUAUGAUAAUGAUGGGAACGCGACACCCAUAUCAUUUCAAAUAUAAAAUUGGAUUUAAAAAAAAUGGUUUGAUAGAUGUCAUCGAAAUACGUAUAUACAGUAAUGCAGGAUAUUCUGCUGACCUCUCUCCAUCGAUAUUAGAACGUACAAUAUUCCAUUUUGAUAAUUCAUAUAGAAUACCAGUGGUAGAUGCGUGUGGUUAUCUAUGUAAAACAAAUUUACCUUCCAAUACCGCUUUCCGUGGUUUCGGUGGUCCACAAGCUAUGUUCGCUGCAGAAAAUAUGAUUAGACAUAUCGCUGAAUUUUUGAAUGUAGACGUUCUAAAGAUAGCAGAAUUAAAUAUGUACAAAGAGGGAGAUGUAACUCAUUACAAUCAACCGCUUCUUCAUUGUACCAUAAGUCGUUGCUGGAAACAAUGUUUAAGUUCUUCUAAUUAUUACGAACGAGCAGCUGCAGUUCAAGAAUUUAAUAAACAUCACAGAUAUAAGAAGAAAGGAAUAGCCGUCGUACCAGUGAAAUUCGGAAUUUCGUUUACUACUUUAUUCUUAAAUCAAGGUGGAGCACUCGUUCACAUAUAUACCGAUGGUUCCGUUUUAGUUAGCCAUGGUGGAAUCGAAAUGGGACAAGGUUUGCAUACGAAAAUGACCCAAGUCGCCAGCAGAGUGUUAAAAGUAAAUCCAGAUAAGAUCCAUAUUGUUGAAACUGCCACAGAUAAAGUACCAAAUACUUCGGCCACUGCUGCCAGUUGUGGAUCUGAUUUAAAUGGCAAUGCUGUUAUGAAUGCAUGCAAUGAGAUUAUGAAACGAUUAAAACCUAUUAUUGAUAGUAAUCCAAAUGGCACUUGGGAAGAUUGGGUAAAGAAGGCUUAUUUAAGUAGAAUUAGUCUUUCGGCAACUGGAUUCUAUCAAACUCCAAAUAUUGGAUAUUCUUUUGAAACUAAUUCAGGAAAUCCCUAUAAUUACUUUACUUAUGGCGUUGCUUGUACAGAAGUAAUGAUCGAUUGUCUUACAGGUGAUCAUCAAAUACUUAGAACAGAUAUAGUGAUGGAUGUGGGAGACAGUUUAAAUCCCGCUAUUGACAUUGGUCAAAUUGAAGGUGCCUUCACGCAAGGUUACGGAUUAUUUGUGUUAGAAGAAUUGAUGUAUUCUCCAACUGGAUUUCUUUAUAGCAGGGGACCUGGUGCAUACAAACUACCAGGGUUUGCCGAUAUACCACAAGAAUUUAAUGUUUCAUUAUUGAAAGGGGCUCCCAAUCCUCGAACCGUUUAUUCUUCAAAAGCUAUUGGAGAACCACCUUUGUUUUUGGCAUCAUCUGUUUUCUUUGCUAUUAAAGAAGCUAUUAAAUCUGCGCGUAAAGAUGCGAAUAUUACAGGUCAUUUCAGAUUAGAUUCGCCUGCCACAGCAGCACGCAUUCGUACAGCAUGCGUGGAUAAUAUAAUAAUGAAGGUAAUAUAUAAUGACAAUGAUAUGUUCCUUUUGUUUUACUUAUCCUAUACAUAUUUAAAUUACAUUUAAAAACGUUUCUUUACC